UACGAGUGAUUAAUUUAUCCUUUCUUGUAUGUUUUGCUGUACUCUGUUGUGGAGAUCAGAUUUUCAACUUGUUCAACAGAGAAAUGGGUGGCGAAGAUGUCAAGGUUUCAAUUGAACUUUCAUUUAUGGAAGCUGUCCAGGGCUGCACCAAAACACUGUCAUUCAUGACUGAUUUGGCCUGCGAUACUUGUGGUGGAACUGGCGUUCCUCCGGGUACAAGGCCUGAAACUUGUAAACGUUGUAGAGGCGCUGGCACGGUUAUAUCCCAAAAUGGACCUAUUACAUUUCAAGCUACUUGUCCACAUUGCGGGGGAUCUGGAAAAAUUGUAAUGAGCUUCUGCAAGUCUUGCAAGGGUAAGCGGGUAGUGAAAGGGUCGAAAACAGUGAAGAUGAAUGUCGUGGCAGGGGUGGACAACAACGAAACUAUCAAAAUUCCUAGAAGUGGUGGAGCAGAUCCUGAUGGAAAUCACCAUGGUGAUCUCUUGGUUAUGAUCAAGGUCAGAGAAGACCCAGUGUUCCGCAGGGAGAAGGCCGAUAUUCAUGUUAAUGCAGUGUUGAGCAUAACUCAGGCACUUUUGGGAGGAACAAUCCAGGUGCCAACUCUUUCUGGAGAUGUUGUCGUUAAGGUACGCCCUGGCACUCAACCUGGCCAGAAAGUUGUCUUGAGGAAAAAAGGGAUCAAAGUCAGAAACUCGUUUUCAUUUGGAGAUGAAUAUGUUCACUUCAACGUCAGCAUUCCAACAAAUUUGACGCAAAGGCAGCGCGAAUUGAUUGAGGAGUUCGGUAAAGAAGAGCAAGGGGAAGAUUAUAAAGGGGAAGUUGCAAGUGCAUCAGGUUGAACGCAAUAGUAUUGAAGAAAACAAAAUUUACCAAUUUGCCCUUGCAUGAAUUUUUUUUGACAAGCAAUUUCGACUUAAAAAGGUGGACAAAUGAGCGCUAUUAUAUUCUUUUUGACCUUUACCGGUACGAUAUGUAGCAUUUAUUGGUACUGAACUGUAUUUGUUAUAGUGUUAUUUGAAAAAUAGGUUGUCUAUCUUUGUGAACUCACUAUGUUGUACAUAAACAUAUUAUUUUAUAGUGUUUAUUUUCGAUGGUUUAUUACACCUAUAUAAAUGAAAAUACGGAUCGUC